AUGGAGGAAAUUACUACGUCAUCGAAGGCCUUUGAUUCCGUUUCAACAUGCGAACCGGACUCACGAAUAUGGCACCGCAUAGAAAAAGAUCUCUACUUGCAUGCAUCUGACCAGAGAGCAUGGGUGUAUAUCGCACUGGCAAAUGAACAAGAGCUUGCAGCCAAAGACCUCAUGGUUAUGGAUAUUACAGUCGGUGACCCGCCCCAAAAUUCCGAGUCAUCAUGGGAGAGACGACCUGGCGGAAUAUGGGUGCGUAGGGGGGAGUUCAAUGGCAAGAUUGACGAUUUUGUCACAGAGGUCGACGUACUUUUUGGAAUGGAUGCCGUCGACCCGCGGCCAGAAUGGGCUCUCAUCCGAUCACCAAUUCAACUCAAAGGUCAGGCAGACAUACCCGUUGCGAGACUUAGCAUACUCCACGGUAGGGCCAAGUUGCGACCUCGGGCGGCUCUAAGAGUCAGGGAUGAUGGCAAAUUCAGGAUCGUUCAGAUCUCUGACACGCACAUGGUCACUGAUGUUGGGCUAUGUAAAGAUGCUAUUGAUGCGCAUGGUAAUCAUCUACCAUGGACCGAGGCUGAUCCACUUACGGUUAAGUUCAUUGGAGAGAUUUUGGAUAUCGAGAAACCAGACCUCGUGAUUCUGACUGGAGAUCAGUUGCACCACGAUAUCCGCGACAGUCAAUCUGCCCUCUUCAAGGUGGUUGCGCCUAUUAUCGAGCGUUCAAUUCCGUUUGCAGCCGUUUUUGGAAAUCAUGAUAGUGAGGGAACCCACGCAUUGUCACGCACAGAACAGAUGAGAAUACUGGAAAGUCUGCCUUACAGCCUCUGUGAGCCAGGUCCAGACCUUGUGACUGGCAUAGGCAACUUCUAUCUUGAGGUCCUGGCUCCCGCGCCUUCACAUCUCCCGUUAUCGACGUUGUACUGCCUAGACUCGCACGGUGGAAUAUCGAGCACAACACGUUAUCCCGACUAUACGCCCAUCGAUCAAAGCCAAAUUGCUUGGUUCACGGACAUUGCUUUGACGCGGCGAAUCGCGUGUAAGAAUGGCGAUGUCAACAAUAACAGCUUUCACUUGUCUAUAGCUUUUUUGCACAUUCCUCUUCCCGAGUUCGGCGACCCUAGUCUUAUCAUACGCAACGGCCACAGGGGAGAACCUUCCGAAAGUCCGAGCCGCAAUACCUAUACCUACGACGCUUUGGCUGCAGGAGGUGUACAAGCAUUAGGCUGUGGGCAUGAUCACGUUAACGACUUUUGCGGUCUGUUACCACUAGCCGGUACGAAUGCUCACCGACUUUGGCUGUGCUAUGCAGGUGGCGCUGGAUUCGGAGGAUAUUGUUCGUAUGGCAGAACGCGAUUCCACCGACGGAUGCGGGUAUGGGAACUUAGUACGAAUACUGGGAGCCUAACCACUUGGAAGCGAGUCGAAUAUUGCAAAGAUAGAGUUGAUGAGUUGCUGCUUGUGGAAAGUGGAGCAGUAGUUGAUAAUUUUGGGGAAGACGACGGAGUGAAAGGCUGCUAA